GCUUCAAUGAAGAUUUACUGUUGUUGGUUAUUGCAAGAGGAGUCGUUGGCACAUUUCAAGUCCAGGAAAGCACUUGCUGUUCCCACAUUCAGACUCUGUCCGGGAAAGAGAAGACUCUACACCUACUUCAUAAGCAUUGUAGUGAAAGGAAAAUUCUCCUUGAAACAAAGAAGAAGUAUGCAGAUGGCCAGGCAGUUGCAAUCAAGUUGCAACGAAGCAUAGCAAGGACAAAUGCGCAGAUCAGAAAGUAUUUGGAUGAUCUAACCAAGAAGUUUGAUUCGACUCUAACCUUCGAAAAAGCCGUCAGUUGUGAGUUCUUAAUAGGGCCUGAUGCCCGAGGAUAUCGUCAUGCGGAGGAAACACUGUGCCUGAAGGAGAUGGCGGAAGAAGAAAUCUCGUUAGUCAGUAAAGAAAUCCUGAAUGUUGCUAAGGUUUUCUGUGAGAGGCACAAUCACUUAACCGAAACAUUAGCACGAGUGACCUCCAAAUCGCAUUGCAAGUUGAUGCAAGGAAAAAUGAGUUUGAUAUCUUCAAAGAUUGUGUCUGUAGAGCGGGAGUUCUCCUUAUUACAGCAGUCCUGUGGUAGUAUUGUCCCUAUCAUUCCAGACUUCCAGUCAUAUUCUCAGACACGCAAAACAACUUCCCUCAGGUUAGGAGAUGUAUUUUCUGUGGUGGAGCUGGAUGAAAUGGUGGACGAUGCCAAUGCUUAUGAGGCUGAAGUUGAAGUUGAAAUUGAAGAAAACAGUGAACUGGAAAAAUGGAUUGAACAGAUUGAUACUAGUAUAGUUGAGCCAGAGGCAGAAGGGGAAGAUGAUUAAAUCAUCAAUAUUAAGUGAUUAGGUAAACAGGAGCCCAUUGAUUCUGAGUCUGUGUUAUCAUUGUGCAUCAUAAAAUGGUCACACUGUCUUUUUGGUUCACUGUGUACUACUGGGGCCAUUUUCUCCCAAGUUUGUUUUUUUCUUAAAUCUGACAUACAUGCAUAAAAACCUUAUCAGUCAUCGCAGGUUGUCUCGUUAUCAGCCGUUAAAGAAUCUUGGUUUUACUUUGUCAAUGGGCAAUUUACAUGAUCACUUUGAAACUAAAAAUGGUACAUAUGGCAAAAACCACCUGUCCAUAUUCGACAACGGCUUCAUGGCCCAGUGGGUAAGACUGUAGGGAUCAAGGACAGAAGGUCUUAAGUUCAAACCCGUUCAGGGAAUAAUAUUUUUCAUUUUCUUCUUCUCAUCUGUGACCUGUCUCGUCAAUGAACUUGUUG